AUGGGCACUCUGCCCAAAUGUGAUGUGUGCCAGUACCAUCAUGCCGGCCAGUGCAGAGUUAGGAAAUGUGAAUCUUGUGGAAAGAAUGGUCAUUCGAAGGAGACGUGCUGGGCUGGUACUGGUCGUGGUAACGGUGGUCAGAGAGGUUAUGGCAACGGGAAAGGAAACGGUAACCGUGGUGGAAAUGGGUAUGGAAACCUCAAUCAAGGAGGAAAUGGCGGUAAUGGAAAUCGUGGUGGUUUUGGAAAUCAAGCUGGUAGUGGAAACCGUGGAGCAAACAACAACCAGGGUGGUAAUGGGAAUGGAAAUGGUCGGGGACCAUGUUGCUUUAACUGUGGAGACGUUGGGCAUUUCAAGAGAGAGUGCCCAAAGAUCAACCAAGCUCAGGGAAGGAAACCGAGCAGAGAUCAUAUGUCACGAGAAGAUCAUUCGCAUUCCGAUGACGAAUGGAGAGACAAUUGUGGUACAUGGAGAGAAACAUGA